UGGUUUAGUCAGCUGAUGCUAAUGCUAACGCUAAGCAACCAGGCAAACGAUUCUACGGCCGGGAGAUCUAACGAUCAGACAAGAUGCCUUUCUCUGAGCUUUAUUUUAACGUUGAUAAUGGCUACCUUGAGGGCCUGGUCAGGGGAUUUAAAGCUGGAAUACUGUCUCAGGCCGAUUACUUAAACCUCGUACAAUGUGAAACCCUCGAAGACCUGAAACUUCACUUGCAGAGCACAGACUAUGGCAGCUUCUUGGCUAACGAGGCGUCACCUCUUGCCGUGUCUGUCAUUGAUGAUAAGUUGAAGGAGAAGAUGGUCGUUGAGUUUCGCCACAUGAGGAACCAGUCAUAUGAGCCACUGGCCAGCUUCAUGGAUUUCAUUACGUACAGCUACAUGAUAGAUAAUGUCAUCCUGCUCAUUACGGGAACCCUUCAUCAGCGCGCCAUCUCUGAGCUGGUGCCCAAGUGUCACCCUCUGGGCAGCUUUGAGCAGAUGGAGGCGGUUAAUAUUGCUCAGACUCCAGCUGAGCUGUACAAUGCCAUUCUGGUGGACACACCCCUUGCUGCAUUUUUCCAGGAUUGUAUAUCUGAACAGGACUUGGAUGAAAUGAACAUUGAAAUUAUCCGUAAUACACUCUACAAGGCUUAUCUCGAAGCAUUUUACAAGUUCUGUUCCAACCUGGGAGGAACUACAGCUGAUACCAUGUGCCCCAUCUUGGAGUUCGAGGCCGACAGAAGAGCCUUCAUCAUCACCAUCAACUCAUUUGGCACAGAGCUCUCCAAGGAGGAUCGUGCUAAGCUCUUUCCUCACUGUGGCAAGCUUUACCCAGAAGGCCUUGCUCAACUGGCCCGGGCGGAUGACUAUGAGCAGGUCAAGGCUGUGGCUGAUUACUACCCCGAGUACAAGCUGCUGUUUGAGGGUGCUGGCAGCAACCCAGGCGACAAAACACUGGAGGAUCGCUUCUUUGAGCAUGAGGUGAAGCUGAAUAAACUGGCUUUCCUUAACCAGUUCCAUUUUAGUGUUUUCUACGCUUACGUCAAGCUGAAAGAGCAGGAGUGCAGGAACAUUGUCUGGAUUGCCGAGUGCAUUGCCCAGCGGCACCGUGCCAAGAUUGACAACUACAUUCCCAUCUUUUAAGAUCCCUCCCACACUUUGCUUUCAUCCAGCCUCAUGUCAUGUCCACUCCUACCUUGGUGUUAAAGCAUCUCAUGCCACCAUGCCAAGCAGCCUUCAUUCUUUAGUUUUGAGUGUUUGUUGGUCCUAAAGAAACAUGCCAUGACCCUUAGUACAAGUCUUCAUUUCAUUGGUGAAGCACCAGUUAUAAUUAAAUGCAAUGUACUAUAUGGUAUUCCUUUAUCUCAUGUGUUCUUUAUGAUGCCUGGUUGUGGGACGCAUCUUUCGUAACAACCCCAAAUUUUAAAAAUGGUAGUAUGUAAAUCUUUCAGAUAGAUAUCCCUGUUGCCCUAAAUAAAAUCAACAGGAGUCUGAAUUGAUAAAUGUGUAUAGUCAAGAUGUCCUUUAUUUAUAAAGCAAAUCUAAUCAAUCCAUCCUCUGGGAUAGUUUUCAUCCCAAGGCUCACUAACAAUUGAAGGUGGUACCCUGUAGCAUAUGUUUGAGUUUGUAUGUUUGUUUCACUGCAAUCAGUGAAAUGAAACCAACACAAUUACCGAAAACAUUCCAUUAGCCCUAGUUGUCAAUGUUUUUGUUAUGGGCAAGGACCUGUAGGAAUGGCUUAUCGUGUCUGUGUGUGUGUCCCCUUGCCACAAAAAAUAUGUACUGAGCGGAGAGUUAGUUGCUACAUGCUCGCUGGCUAACUUGAGUGUUGUUCGAUAUGAGAUGUGCAAUAGAACAUGAAUUUCCAUUCUGCAUCAAAUCUGUUGUGUGAUAAGAUUGAGCUUUCGAAUGAUGCUCAUUGUUGUAAGUAAAAGAUAUAACUAUAAGAGAUAUUUAAAAAAAAAAAAAAGUGUUUUUCCAUGCUGUAAAAAUUGCAUUACUGCAUAUGAUAAUGUUUCCUGUGAAGUGUGUUGUCAAUGUGACAAGAAAAAUAAAUGAAUAAGAUCCUA